CCUUGGCGAGUCUAGAGAUUGCCUCCCUUGAGAAACGAAAAAACUAGGAAAAAACAUCGAAACGCCGGACAAAAUGUCAACUUCGUGAAUUGCUGUGAAACUAAGGGGUCGACAGUAAUACUUAUGUGUGUCAUUACUGGAAUCCUUGGAACUUCAAACAACAUUGUCAUCGUUGCAGCUGAUAAUAUAGGUUGGGAUAAAUAAUUAAAAUUUUAAAGAAGGAUAAAAAUAUAAUUCAUGGAAAACUGCAGUGAUUCAGAUAUUCCAAAAGGAACAAAAAUCAAUAUAUCUUAAUUUUGCAAGAAAGCUUAAAUGCAUAUGAAACUAUGAUGAUGCAACAAGACACUUUGUGGUGUAGAAGGAUUGCUUCAAAUGUAAUAAUCUCGACUAAAAAUUAUUCAUGACAGACAGAAAGCAGUUAAUGAGUAAUGUCAUUAAAAUAGUUGUUAUGCUUAUGAUCCAAGCACUAUGGCAGAACCAGUGAUGGAUCACAGUGACUAUAAAAAUGACAGCAGAGCAUAUGAUAACAUGACAAAUGGCCAGUUCUUAUGUGGAUGGGGUUCAGCUUGCAUCAACUUGACAAUUACGUUCCCCCUGCACAAAACCAUUUUCCGUCAACAAUUGCAGGGCAUAUCAGGGCUUCACGCAGUACGUCAGUUGCGAAAUGAAGGAUUGCAUAAUCUAUACCGUGGAUUCAUGCCACCCCUUAUUCAGAAAACUACUACACUUUCAAUCAUGUUUGGAUCAUAUCACAAAUUCCGCGUGUAUUUUGACUCCUCAUAUAAAUCUCUGCCGAAACAAGUGACUCAUGCUACUGCUGCCAUGAUAGCGGGAACGCUUGAAUCUGUACUGACACCCUUUGAACGAAUACAGAUGUUACUGCAACAUCGCAUGUAUCAGCAUCAUUUUCAGAACACGCUGCAUGCAGGAAAAGAACUAUGGUCUUAUGGUGUGAUGGAGUACUAUCGAGGUCUUGUUCCAAUUUUAUUAAGAAAUGGGCCAAGUAAUGUAUGUUUCUUCCUUGGCCGUGAGUUUUUAAAUGAGUGCAUGCCCCAGAUUGCUGACAAUCCAACUCGGCUUGUCAAAGAUUUUUUCCUUGGGGCAUGUCUUGGGGCAGCCAUCAGCACUCUGUUCUUUCCAUUAAAUGUUGUGAAAACACAUAUGCAAGCACGCUUGGGAGGACCAUUUGUAGGAGUCUGGCAGUCAUUCCUGGUGGUGUGGAGAGAACGAAAUGGGAGCAUUCGAAAUUUAUACCGUGGUUAUCAUCUGAAUUACAUGCGCUCUUUCAUUUCUUGGGGCAUUAUUAAUGCAUCAUAUGAAUUUCUAUUACAGAUGUAUCAGAAUCUCCAUUAUAGAAGUAGCAGAUGAUUAAUCCAUGUAGUCUUUUUUGAAGAUUACAUUGUUGUCAUGAAUGAAUAGCUGUCUAAUAGCAGGAUGACAAAUAUAUUCUGGCUUUGGUUUUUGUGUUUUAUUAUUUGUUCUAUUACUUUUUCUAAAAUAGAAAGCAUUUUUCAGACUGUGGGCAGAAAUUGUUAUUAUCUUCCAUAUGCAGCAAAUCUUGGUAAUUUGUACUUUUUUCUAUGCUCAGAUGUCGUUAUACUUUCUAAGUCUUAACUCUUUUACAUGAGCAUGAUCAAGAUGUAUGAAAAUUAAAAUUAGUGCAUGCAGAAAUACACAGAUACACACCCUUUAAAAAAAAAAUUAUAUCACUAUGUGGUAACAGAACAUUUUUUUAAACUUGUUUUAUUCCCUUAUGAUCAUGGUUCAACAUUUGCUAUGGCAUACAAUGCUUAAAAAGUGUUUUUGAAACAAUUAAAAAUAGAAUUUAUGUCCAAGGGGUAAGAGACUCAUUUGUCUUCAAAACUGUAGAUUUAGUGAUUUAACAAUGUAGUUUUAUAAAAUGCAUUUUUGUGUUUAAAAUCAUAAUGUGAAUAGAAAAUGAUUAUGCAUACAGUUAUACGCAUGGUUGUUAGACAUUAUUUUGUGCACAUGCAUGAUGUGUUUAUUAAAGAUCUACUCUCAAGAUUAGGUUUUUCAGUGCACAGUUAUAAUAAUAUACAUUUCAGAUGUAUGCUCCUGAUAAACAUGCUGCUGAGUAUUAUGACAGUUGUCAAGGUGGUUUAUGCAUGUAUACAUGCCAAAUAAGAUAAAUGAAGACAUCCUCUAAAUAAAAAGAUAUAAAUGAACUGUU